AUAAUACAUUUACCAAAAUGUUACAAUAUUCUUCCAAUUAGGGCCCUCAAGAGACUGAUUAGUAGUCCAUACAUUGUGUACCGUCCCAUUCUCUUGUAGUUCUGGGCGUCAAUUUUUUUUUUUUUUUUAAAGAAAAUUCAUUUUUUUUUUUCACAAGAUGUAUGUUCUUUCUUGGUUUGCAUUCAGAAAAAUUAAAUAAUAUUUUACAGUUUAUGGCUGCAGAGUUUUCUGAGAUAUUCAGAAGAGUCCCCCUCAUGGAUGAAAACAAUAUUAUGGCUGCAUUAUUGACUCAUGUUUCUGAUCCCUUUCUCUAUCACUUAUGGCUUCAUUUAAUUUGACAUCUUGUUUCUUUGAGAAUCUCUCUUCUCUCUCUCUCUCUCCCCCCCUCUUAUCUUCACUACUAGUGAGAUGGAUUUUGUUGAAUUGUCUGUCAGUCUCAUGUGCACUAUCCUCCUCACAACCUUCAUCAACCACUAAUCCCAUUUCUCCAUUUUUUUUUCCCCUUCCACCUUCUUCAUUUCACUUGUUAAUUAUAACACAUUCAUAAUGUACAAAUGUACAUGAAACAGAGUACUUGUAAUUGACCAUUGAUUCUCUGUUUUCUGUAGGAAAACUGUUCAUGCAGGACAAAAACUCUGCUUCUUGUAAUUGACCAUUGAUUCUCAGUUAAUCUUUAACUGGUACUAAUGGCCAUGACAUCAUCAACAUGGCUGACUGUGGAGUUAAUGGUAGUGUUGAUACUGAGUUUGAGAGCUAAUUGUGGCAAUUCAGAGGUAAAUGUGAAGUUGUUAAGGACUCCUCAUGCAGUAUCGAAAAGGGAUUUCGCGCUUUUCCAAUUUGAAGUCUCCCGGAAUCGAAAAAGCUGCCUAGAGUGUGGUACCAUUUGCAAGCUUGACCAUCAUUUGCCAUCGGUUUGUAAGCAUGGAAGAGUGUCUUAUGUCAAACUGCGGGAUGGAUUUCACACUUUUGAGGUUUGCACUAAUCGGUCUCAGGGAAUUGGAUGCGCUCGCUACAACUGGACAGUCGGUGAGCAAAACCCUUGCCACAACGCUUCCCAUUGAGCUAUAUAGAUUAAAAUCAUGUGAUAACAAAAGCUGAUGAUUGAUCAUUAGUCGCUGAACCUAAAAUUUGCAGCUAAAAAACAUGCACUAUUUAGAAGAUAUAAGUGAUGGUCGGAAAUGAACAUAAACACAGUGACAUGAUGCUUUCACUUCGGCUUUAGGUUCUAUAAGAACUGCCUUUUCCAGUACCAGAAAAUUUUGUAAACAACUUCAGAUUAAUGAGCCUGAGUGGACUUUGAAAAUGGUAACUGGCAAUGCCCAAGCAUGGAAUCCAAAGUUAAAUUGUACAGGACUGAUCUCUUAAAUGUUGCCAAGCAAUCCCAUUUUCUUCUCAACUGAAAUUCGACAUGUGCAAAUUGCUAAGCCAUCAAAAUAGUUCCUCUCUGCUUAGAUUGGAUAUUCUCCUUUUAAAUACUUUAUCUUAGAAGUUCGAGUUCUACAUUUAUAUUGCAAUUAUGUGUUUUAGCUUCUUUACUAGUGACUAGAACUAGUUGGUGGCUUCUGGACAUGACCAUGUUGUUGUUAAUGUGCAAAGAAUGAGGUUGUUAAAGGAGUCUCAUUUCCUGGUUACAUCAUUUAUUGAUAUACCUCAACCAAUUGCGCAUGAGUAUAUUUUGAGUCUUGCAGCAGAAUGCUAGUGUGAAAGUUCCUUUCACUUCUCAACGAAUGUAAAGUUGUUCAAAUCGAGCCUUAACUUUCAAAAACCCAUAUUGAUUCAACUGAUGCUGUUUGCAGACACAGUCCCACCAACAGCACAAAUAAUAACUUCGAAAUCCUUUACAAAUGCAUCAAAUCUUCAAGUGAACAUAUCGUUUAGUGAACCUUGUGGUGGUGAAGGUGGCUUCCAGUGUUCAUCACCUGAUGCCUGCAACCUUCUUGUAUAUGGUGAUGGCCAGGUUAUGCCAAACACAUUAAAUGUCAUUGAACCGAACCUGAAAUAUUCACUUACUGUCGGUUUGUCUGAAAGUGUUGAGUAUGGAAGAGCGAUAGUCGUACUGGACAAAAGUUUCUGUUCUGACUCAGCAGGAAAUAGAUUUUCAAGGACAGAAAAUUCAAGAUUACUGAUUCAUAUUGACAGGAGAAGUGUAUUAGGGAAUCUGAGGACUCGUAUACCUGAAAAGCUAGUAUACAUCAACCAAGAAGCUAGAUCACUGUUGGCAACCAAUAAAAAUAAGAACUUGGAAGUGUAUGUGUACUUCACAGAACCUGUUCUCAACUCAUCCACAGAAAUUUUGGCCUUGCUAAAUACAAGCGUAGGUUCAUUACUUCCUUUGAAUGGAGAUACUUCUGGAAAUCAAAGAUUCGGUUAUCAGGUGAAGGAUAUAUCAGAGGUGUCUAUUGUUACUGUGAGUCUUGAUUCAAAUUUAGUUAUAAGUCGACAAGGAACUCCUGUUUCUCCAGUGACUCCUGUAACCUUUCUUUAUGACUCUAUAAGGCCUACUGUGAGGUUGAGAACCACUUCGCGCAGGAGGACAAAGGAUAAGAGUAUUCCGGUUCUGAUUAAGUUCACGAAGGCUGUUUUCGGCUUCAAUUCUUCUCACAUGUCCAUUUCUGGGGGACAUUUGUUGAGCUUUCAAGAGCUGAGCAGGAGCGUGUAUACUAUGGAUGUUCGUGCUGAUGGUGGAGUUAUAUCCAUCAGUGUCCCUGAAAAUAUAACAGAAGAUGUUGCGGGAAACCGGAAUCUUCCUUCGAAUAUACUUCAAGUGAGACAUUAUUGUGUUCCUGCUGUAUCUCUAGUGGUUUCCUCCUUCGCAACAGCAGCUUUUGCUCUUACAGCUUUAUUAGCAGGCUUUCUCACAAUUUCAACUGCAAGCCUCCAGUCAGUUGGGGCUUUUAGGAAACCAUCAUCUCUUCUGACAUCAGAUCCAUCUAGAAAUCUUUUUAGAAUGGCAAGCCACAUUCAGAUCUAUGCACUAUCUAGGUGGUUGGCAGUUGGCCUACCUGUUGAAUAUUCAGAAUUUGCAAGAGGUUUACAGUGGAGCAUUCCCUACUUCAGUCUCCCUUGGGAAACAGAAAAGAUUCAACCACUACUAACAGGGGGUUCAAACUUUCCCCCAUAUAGCUCAAAAAUCGACAAAUCAGGAAUUCUAGUGGAUGUGGUAUACGAAUUGCAUGAUCCGAGUAAAGCUACAAUGGUAUCUGGCUUGCCACUCACACCCAUGGAGUACAGAACAUUCUUUGAGGGAGGAAGUGUAAUUCCAGAAGCAGACUUCAUUAUGUAUCCUCAGGAUACAAAUGGGUGGAGAGGCUUCAAACGAAGCAUGUUCUGGUUGGCGAUAAUCUAUGGCAGUCUAAUUUUGUUGCAUGCCUUAUUCUUCUUGAUUAUAAAGUUCAGAAAGAAGAAUGCAAACAAAAAUAGAAGCUAUGGGGCAUUGGUAUUUCCACGAUUUCACAUCUUUCUUCUAAUCCUUGCCUUACCUUGUCUUUGUGAAGCUUCAGCAUCCUUGGUUAAAGGAAGAGAACCUUCAGGGAUGGUUGUCGGAAUUCUGCUCUUAGGUUUUGUAUUUUUUCUGCUGCUAGCCUUGAUUCUAUUCCUCUCCAUCGGAAUAACAUUAGGAAAGCUACUUCAGUAUAAAGAGGUGCAUCAAGAAGGUGAAAAAUUUCACUGGUACCAGGAGGUCAUCCGUGCAACACUUGGCCCUGGUAAAAGAGGGCAGUGGACAUGGAGAAACCAGGCAAAUGCCAUAUAUCUAACUAAGCUUGGUCCAUUGUUUGAAGAUCUAAGAGGUCCUCCGAAGUAUAUGCUAUCUCAGAUUGCAGGAGGAAAUGCUCCUAAGCGUGGCGAAAGAAUCAUUGACUCAGAAGAUGAGACAGAAGAUGCAGAAGCACCUUUCAUCCAAAAGCUUUUCGGAAUUCUUCGUAUAUAUUACACUCUACUUGAAGCCGUCAGGCGCGUUACUUUAGGCAUUGUGGCAGGUGCAUACUCGGAAAACUGGACUUCAAGAGCUCCUACAAUCACCUUACUCAGCAUAACCUCUUUCCAACUUUUUUUCAUGGUGCUUAAAAAGCCAUUCAUCAAAAAAAAGAUCCAGUUGGUGGAGAUCAUCUCAGUGGCCUGUGAAGUCGGCAUUUUUGCAGCUUGUAUGGCCCUUGUAGAGAAAAAAUUUUCAGCCGAAGACGAGACAAGAAUCGGGAUCUUCAUGGUAUCACUCUUCUUGGUAGCAUUCUUGGCUCAGUUGUUGAAUGAAUGGUAUGCAUUAUUUAGACAGACCAAAAGACUAGACCACGCCAAGAACUUCUGGUCCGGUUUGAAAAUCGCUUCGAUUGGUUUCCUCUUGUUUUUCGUCCCUCGAAGGUGGAUAAAAAAUUUUGAAACCAAAUUCCCUGCAGCAAAUGCCAAUGGGGAUGGGGAAACGAAUGCUACUACUACGCCUUUGGGAGACCAAAGAUCCAACAGUAGAAGUUCCGACGAAAGGCCAUGGCUGAGGCAACUAAGAGAACUAGCUAGGUCCAGCUUUAACAGGGAAAGAAGUGGAGUUUCAACUGAAGAUCCUUCCACAAGUCAAGGUAGAUGGAAUGCAUUUUGGAAUGCGAAGAGGAGUGGAAGCCCUUCCAUGGCUUCAUCGUCUGAUUUUAAGGGAAAAUCUAGAGGUUUAUCUAAAGAUCUGGAAGCCAUUUUUGGAUCUAAAUGAUCAUCGCACUGACUCUCUUUUUUUGCAUUCAUAAUGAUCAUUCUGAUUCACACAAAUUUUUAGUAAGGAUUAAUGUAUUCACCUUCCAAGAGUUUGCCAAAUGAAUGUAAUUAUCUGCAGCAAAUAUAUAAUGUUAUGGUACAUUCUAAUUUUCUCUAAUUGAAUUCUUUCCUUUUACUUACUUUUUAUACAGCUC